GCGAGCACCUGACCAGGCCCUGCAGCUCAGUGGGUGGCACCUUCAGAACAGAGUCCCCGGGAGAGAAGCCUGGGCAGGCCUGGCCCAUCCACCCACACUGCCUGCAGAUGCUGCCCCCCUGUCUUCAUGGGAGCAGGAAGGCUGCGGUCAGCUGAGACAGGGCCAGGACGUCGCUGGACCACACCCUGUGAAGAGACCCUGCAGCACCUGGCUGUCCUUCCCUCUCAGGCCCAGGAGGGACCAGGACCAUGUUCCAGUGAAUGAGGACAGCGGCGCGAGCUUUGAGCCCCAGCUCCCGGCCAGAGACACGACGUCAGGCCAGGAAGAAUGAGAAGGCAGCUGGGGUCUCACGGACAUCCAGGGCAGAGAGGGAGGGUGACAGGAAGUGCCCUCCCUCCAUCCUGAGACACCCACCACAGCGUCAAAGCCCAGGAGCCCAGCCACAGAGGACCUCGAGGCGCGUGAGGUUCCGAGAGCCCCCGGAGGAGGCCAUCUACUACAUCGCCGGCAGGGAUACCACAGCCAGGGCCACCACCAGGGCACCUGGCAGGCCUGCACCCUGCGGCUCCCUGCUCCUGCGGCUGUCCGUAUGCAUCCUGCUGGCGGUGGCUCUGGGCCUAUACUGUAGCCAGGCCAAGCCCAUGGCAAUGACCCUGGAGGACCUCCAGGCCUGGCUCCUCGUCCUGCUCCCACGCCUGCGGCAUGUGGCCCUCACCUGCUGGCGCUGCCUCCUGCAGCUCUGACGGUGCUGACAGCCGCCCAGGAGAGCACCCACCACGGGCAGUCCAAGGACUGGGGGCUGCUGCAAUAGAGGACCAGGAAGUGGGCUGAGCCCCCACCCACUCCAGCCAGCACAGCCCCUCUAGUCCACAUGUGGGAACUGUGACCUUUCCCAGAGACCCCUCCCUCACCACAGAAGGGACUCUGACUGCCUUGAGGGCCUGGCCCAGAUGUCACUGUGUACAGCUUCCAAGGAGAGAGACAUGCUGCCCCGGGGCUAUGGGACUGCUUUGAGCCUGCACCUCGAGACCCCAAUGCCCCACUGGAGGAGAAGGGUCUGGUUGUCGAUGGGGCACUCCUUCCUGUGAGCCAUGUGGGGCCCCUAGCUGGUGCUGGGGUGCUGUCCUCUGAGCUCAUGUCUAACCCCCACUCACCCCACGAGCCUCAUGGGACAGUGAAGUGUGAGGGCCCGGAUCCCCCCCUCCCCCGUCCCUAGGACUUCAGAACUCACUCCACUAGCUAGGAUGCAGCCACCUCCCAGCUGGGGGUCUUUGGGUCCUGGUGACUGUUUGUGGAUGUGGCUCUGGUUCUCAAUUACAGGGCUGAGGGGCCCUGUGGUGACAAACCCCAGGCCCUUCAGACCCUGAGUGAGGGGGAGUGGACAAAACAGGGAGGCCCAAGGUCAGACAGGGGGAGAGCCUGUCAUCAGGUGAGUGUCCAGGGGGCCAGCCUUGUUCUCGAAGGCGCAGCCCCCAGUCACCUGCUGCCCUGGUGGUGAUCUCCAGCCCCCCAAUUACAUGACAGAGACACGCUA